AUGAAAGAUAAUGCGUGCGUGUGCCAUGGUGUAGAGGGUAAGGCGCCUGGCACGACUUUAGCCGUGACAGAGUUCGGAUGCAGGGAGAUCCCUGACUACCACAUGCAAGCAACACAUUUUCAAAGUAGUUCUUCCCAUCGAGACGAACCCAAACUCAUCCAUGUAUACAUUCCAAAAGUGCAAGAUUACAUUGAAAACCUCAAAAAGACCAUCACAUUAACAAGCCCAGCCAUGCCUGCGAGCAAGAACGACCACCAGAUGACACUAAUAACACUAUACAUCAUCACAAUAACCUACCCGCCUUCUUUUAAAACUUCAGAUGGUGUCGAAACGGGCAUUGUUGGGAUUUCCGAGAGGACGAACGCCGUGGUGAGGAUUGAGAAUACAACCGUCGAGCUAAUUCACGAUGAAUGUCCGAUGAAUAAAUGGAUAAAAAAUAAUGACCACACGAAGCAAGAGGUCGACCAGUUCAUCGCCACCAGCUUGUCCGCCGGCGUCUACCAAACGCUGUGCAAUGGACUCUGGAGUUACAUGCUGGUCAUCGUCAUCGUGAAAGAGUUAGAGUUCAACGCUUCGAAACUGGAACUCCUAGACGGAGAUGAAGUUAGCAUCAGGUGCACUGGGGAGGUAGCCACCGGAUCCGACCUAAACAUCAACCAAAUUUCUAUCUAUAGGGCCAACCAGGCCCUGAAAACCUACCACCCCCCACGCGACCCUUCAUCGUGGAGGACGACCAUCGACGCAUCUGUCGCUCUGACCUCUUAUUACAACGAAAGCGGCGAUUACAGCUGCACGUGGUCCAUUGAUUUGAAGGAUUUCAACGUCUUCUUCCUCAUGAAUAAAACCCUCUACUUGGAAACUUUACUGCCAAUGCAAGACGUCAGCUUCCAGUCAUUCAACACGUGCGUGAACGACCCUCUACCAUGCAGCUAUAGAAGCAAGCCGAAGGCACACAAAUUCCAUCUAAACUGCUCGCUGGGGAAGGAUAAGAAGUACAGCAACAUGGCGUCUGUAGACAGUAGCGGCGAGAGUGGCAACAGCAGUAGCGACAAUGGCGACGGUGGCGCUGGUGGUAGCAGUAGUAGCGGUGAAAGUAGUGGUAGCGGGAUCAACUUAGAAGUAAAAUUUGAUUCUAAUAAUAUCACGUUCGGAGUGCCUGGGUUUUUCCAAUGCCAGUGCGUCGCUUAUAAUUAUGUCUUUGGGGUCGAAAUGAGCGGUAAGUCUAAGGCGCAGAUCGACGUUCAAGACUGUAGUAGCCUUCUCUUGACGUACUUGGGUGUUGCGUUCGUUUGCAUCCUCCUGCUGGGCGGCAUCACCGUGGCCACCUACGUUUUAUUCGAAAUUAAAAACGCCAAAAAAUUGGAACAGCAGAGAGCCAUAAUGGCGGGGAGUGCCAUGCCAUUCGGCAAGCGAUCUAUCAAACUACCCAGCAGCGACACCGAAAAACGAAGGAGCAAAGACAGCGACGACACUAGCAGCAGCAAACCCGGAAAAUUUUUUGGUAAAUAA